AUGGCUUAUAAUGCAUCUCAAGUGCCUUUUCCUCAAAUCAAUCCUCGAAUCACUCAAGCGUCUACUAACUCACCAUUUCCUACUCCUCAAAGAAGACCAUCCUCUUCACCAACACCAGGACGAGAGAGAGAGCUCUCCCCACCUUCCACUCCUCAAAGAAGAAGCACUGGAAAUACUCCAAUGAGUUCAAUAGAGAGUAUAGUGACUCAACUUCUAAUUACAACCAGAUUAUUGCUGGAGGGUUUGACUGGUUGGUCUUUGGGGCGUAUGACUGAACAACAAGUUUCAGAUACAUACGUGAAGCUUGCUAGUGAGUUACAAACGGUUAUUCAUAUAUUUGGACAGUCAGGAAUUGAUAUGAGCGAUCUAGCAAGUAUUCCACAGGAUUUAAGGGUUUGUCUAGAAAAUGCUUUAAGUGAGGAAGCUUCCCCAUCUGCCUUGGAAGCUCAUCUUCCUAAAAUUAAAGAUAUUAUAGUACAUUUAUUGCAAGGAUUAAAGGCAAAGCAAGCCAUUUUUCGUCAUUUACAGACCCAAGAACAAAAUUCUAUGCCGGUUAUACCAAAUUUGACAAGGUCUGCUUCAACAAAUUCAACGAGUCCAAAAGUGCCAAAUGACAGUUCCCCUCCUAACGCUGUUAGAAGGAAUGUUAGUUCACCUCCACGUAUUAACGUAGGUGUUAGUCCAAGUUAUUUACCAGAUCCUAUGGAUGCAUUGAAACAUAGCGACAAUCUUGAACGACGUGCUUCCAGAAGAUUAUCGGCAUACACGCAAAAGGGUGGUAAUACAAGGUCAAGGUCGAAUUUACACAGUCAUGAUAACUUGGAAUUACCAUCACCCGAAAUAGUAGCUUCUAAUCAGGUUGAAAAAAAUGAUGAGACAAUAAAUCAUGAAGAACGAACAGAUAAAAUUGUUUCAGUUGGUCUAGAAACUGUAUCUGAACUGCCAAAAGAAGAAGAUGCUUCUACAGUAGAGAAACAUGACGUAGAAAUUCCGUCUAUUAACGUUGAAGGUAUUAAUUUAGAACCGCAGAAAAAGAAGAGUCUUACAUUAUAUUUGCAACUUGGUAAAGAUGUCAAGAAAAUUGAAUAUGAUGGGGACAUAAGUAUCCCAGCAAUAAGAAUGUUAUUUAUUGAGAAAUUUCAAUAUAAUCCUGGAAUGGACGAUUUUCCUAAUAUAUAUAUAAAAGAUGCAAGUCUAGGGAUAUUUUACGAAUUGGAAGACCUUUCCGAAGUCAAAAACAAGUCGGUGUUAGCUUUGAACCUUGAAGCACUCGAACAAGUUAAAAAACAUUUUGAUCAAGGUAUUGCUAAUUUAACGAAGGAGAUCUGUGACAUUAAAAAGUCAUUCUCAGAAAAUACAGAACUUUUGCGUCGUGAUGUUCUUGUUAUGAAAAUUGCCAAUGAUAUUAGAGGACAAUUUGACGAAGUUCAAAAUCUUCGAAGAGAUUUGGGGGUAAUGCGACAAUUCUAUAAUGGAUUUCAGUCGGAUACAAAAAAAAUGAUUGAAGAUUUAAUGACACAGACAGCCACGGUUAAACAAGUUGCAUUAACCAAAGUUGGGUCAGCAAGGACAUUUAUUGAAGUUGGUAAGGCUAAAUUGGAUACGCGUACAAAGAAUUUAGUUACCAAAGUAGAUGAAUUACAGGAUAUUAUUGAUGAUCUUAAAGCUGAUGUUACAGCGAGGAGAAGUAAACCACGAGAAACAUCAGUUCAACAAAUCAAGGAAGAGUCGGAGGCUGUUGCUAAAGAGCUUGCAUCUUUGCAGGAAUACGUUAAAACUGUUAAACCAAUGUGGAAGAAAACAUGGGAGGAAGAAUUACAAAUGAUUGUUGAUGAACAACAAUUUUUGAUUCAUCAAGAAGAACUUAUUGAGGAUUUAGAAGAUGAUAAUAAGAAAAUAAAGGUAGUAUUUGAACAAAUUAUGAAAGAAGGGUUUGAAGGGUUAAAAUCUGUACUUCAAGAAGUUCGUGGAAUUGCACCUGAUCAUGAGAGAAGGAUAAAAGCUAUGGAAUUAGCGGAAAAACAAAGAGAGCGCGACUUAGCAAACCGUAUUGAUGAAUUUGAAUUAGAAUUAACAAAUUUUGUCUCUCAAAAUAAAUUAAAAAAGACUGGUGGAGCUGAGGAGAUAGAAAGAUUAAGACAAAAGAAAAACGAAGAAAAUUUAAAACAAUUAUUCAUGUUAACAGAAAAUGCCACAAAUGAAAAAAAAGGCAAUGAAAAUAAGGAUAGCAACGAAUCAUAA